AUGGGUGCUGGGCCCUUUUUCGGAGAAACUGUGGCGGAGCGCGACUGCCCGCUCUCAACGAUCCAGUUAAGCACCGGUGAUAGUAAUGCGUAUUUCUAUGCCGUCGUUUUUGGAGAUGAAGGCACCUCUGGACGGCUUCGAUAUGCGAAUGGCUUGCGCGGGAGUGGAUCUGGCCCUCGUCUCAACGGGACCGAGCUAAAGGCCCGCCUGCGGAGAGAUGGUCUGCUCCACACUGGACCGUAG